UUCUCCCUUUUCCCUUGUUCAUAUUGUGAUUUCGACGCACACGGUGAUAUCGCCAAGAUGCCAGUCCUGAACCUCAGCGAGCUCAAUAUCGUGCUCAGCGUUUUGGGUGCCUUUACGGUUCUCUAUGGCAUCAUCUCGGUCAAGAUCAAGCAGGCUUGGUAUCUUGGUGAAGCCCUCCCGGCCGUCUUCUUUGGAGUCCUCCUCGGGCCUCUAGCAGCUAAGUUCAUCGAGAGCGAGAAAUGGGGCUCCGCCAUCCCAGGUCAGACCAACGCUAUCACUCUGGGUGUCGCCCGGGUUAUGAUCGGCGUCCAGCUCGUCAUCGCAGGCUACCAGCUCCCGGCCAAAUAUAACCUCACGCGGUGGAAGGAGAUGGCCCUCUGCCUCCUCCCCAUCAUGACCGUCAUGUGGCUCUGUACGACGGCCUGCAUUAUGCUCACUAUCCCCAAGGUGACCCUCCUCGCCGCGCUCGUCAUCGGCUCCUGCGUCACCUGCACCGAUCCUAUUCUCUCGCAGGCUAUCGCUAAGGGCCCCUUUGCUGAUAAGUAUGUUGCUCGUCCGCUGCGCGAGAUUAUCUCGUCUGAGGCCGGCGCCAACGACGGUUUCGGCUUCCCGUUUCUGAUGCUCGCUACGUACCUGAUCCAACAUGCCGACGUCGCUGCCGCUGGUGACGGCGCCGAAGCUGGUCGCUCUGCUGCCCAUGCUCUGAUGGCUCGGGCCGGUGAGGUCGGACGCCUCGGCGGUGGGCCUAUGGAGGCCCUCAAGCAGUGGUUCAUCGAGACCUGGCUGUACACAAUUGUCUUGUCCAUCGCCUACGGGGUCGUUGUUGGAUAUGGAUCCUGCAAGGGGAUUCGCCUUGCUCUGAAAUGGAAGUGGAUCGACAACGAGUCCUACGUCCUCUUCCCGACCGCCCUGGGCCUGUUCAUCGUUGGAACCUGCGGAGCCCUCGGCACUGAUGACCUCUUGGCUUGCUUUGUCGCCGGCAGCACCCUGAACUGGGACGGCCACUACCUCCACGAGACCGAAAUCCGCCAUGACGAAGUCAACUCGUGCGUCGACGUCCUGCUUAACUUUGGCGGAUUUAUGUAUAUCGGCGCUAUCUUGCCCUGGUCUGACUUUAAUGACCCUACUGGCACCGGCAUCACCUGGAGCCGCCUCCUGGUGCUAGGUCUCCUCGUCCUUAUCUUCCGCCGGCUCCCUGCUAUCUUUGCCUUUUAUAAGCUUAUGCCGGACGUCUGUACUAGCUGGAAGGAGGCCCUCUUUAUGGGUUACUUCGGCCCUAUCGGCGCCGGCGCCGUCUUCUAUGUCGAGCAUGCCCGGCAUCUAUUCCCGCAUGACGGCGAGGGCGACGAGGAGGAGACGAACCUCGUCCGGGCUAUGGGCCCGACCGUCUAUUGGCUCGUGCUGUUCUCUAUUAUCGUCCAUGGGCUGUCGAUUCCCGCCCUCAAUAUCUUCUACCACUAUACCGGCAAGGCGCCCAUUAAGGACGAUGCUGUCGAGCUGCGGCGCAUUUCUAUGCGCGUCGCGCCGCCUGCCAACGCGGUGGCGGGCGACGGGGAUAAUUUUAUCGCGUACAACCGCUUUAGCCGUCACCUGGGCGCCAAUGUCGCCAGCUUGCCGAUUGGUAGGUCCACUACUGAGGACCAGGGGUUCUCGGACGACGAGGACCUUGGCAAGGGACGGCCAUCCCAGGGAAAGAAGGGCGGUUUGACGUGGGUUUAA